AUGCAUGCGUGGGGGCUGAUCUGGUGGCCCUCUCCGAGGGGUGGGCGCUUCUCGUUGGCGCGGCGUCUCCGCGUCCCGCAAGAGGACCGCGGGCCACCGCAAUGUGACAUUCGCGCGCCGACAAGUAAUUAUGCGCCUCUUCCACCUGAGAGUAAAGCUGCGCACGCCGACUCCGAGCGUCGGCGACGGCGCUGGCGUGGUCGGUGUUCAGUCUCCGCUCUUCCAGCAAUGGUCAGCCCUUGCUGGACCCACAACCCCCGGGCAGCACACACACGAUGGGCAGGAGCAUCUGAGCCUCGAAAUUUGACAAUUGAGGCGUCCGGAGACUCGCAAUACGUCCCGCAAUACAUCGCAUCCUCCCAGUGCUUGGCGAUGGUUCCUGGAACCAAGCGUUGGUCUGUCAUUGUUGCAGCGACGGUUACCACCGCAUCCAACGGCCCGUGCUCAUCGAUAAAAGUGAGCUGCACCCGGACAUCGCUGUACUGGCGCACCGAGUCCAACAGGCGGGCUCCAAUGUCGCUUCUCCCCGUCGCCGUGUAA